GCUGGUCCUAUUUUUAUUUGUUGUCUUGAUUUGUGUAAAUCAGUAGAUAAAUGAUUUGUAUGAUCUUGCCCAUGAAUUGAUGUGAUUGUUUUAAAUAAAUGUGAUUUCCGAUUCUUGAGAGGCAAAGUGCGCGAGUUAAUUUUACACCGAGUCAAAAGCCUUUUCUUCCUCGUGAAGUUAUCACACAAGACUGUAAACGAGAUCUCUCUGGAGAUAACACACAGUCGCAUUGUCGCACAACAAAUCCUUCAUUACAGAAAGGGGGAUCGGGUGACUCCGGCAUCCAGUAGCUGGGGUCUCCAGGCGACGAGGGGGUCUUUGAUCAAGAAAAUCCAAUUAUUUGUGUAUAUACAUUUCCCACAUAGUGAUUACUUCAUUAAUUGUCCCGCCUUUAUCCCCACCCGUCCCAUCCCCCUCCUAAUAAUCAGCCCUUUUAUCCAGACCAACAAACACACCAUAGGAGCUUUGUGUGGAUUCAGAGGAUUUGCUUCCCCCUCUCAAAGAGCCGCUCUUCUUUGAUGAUUGGGCAGCGGCGAACUUCAAAGUCAUAAAUCUCACUCCUGACUGGCUGGCGGCCCACCAAAGUCCUUAUCAAAUCCUAAGAAGUGAUCCUUCACUCUCUCAGAUAGUUGGAGGAUAGCUGGAGGAGAGGAAGCGCUUUUCCAUGUGAACGUCGUGUUUCUGCGCGCACUCGCUUGGGUUUGUUUGAAUUGGGAAGCUUGAGGAACUCGAGGAAGUGUUGCCAUGGCAGCUGUGGCUGUGCUGAGGAACGAAACACUACAGGCUUUUCUUCAGGAUCGCACUCCAAAUUCCUCACCGGAAAACAGCAAACAUUCACCUUUGGCUCUUUUGGCGGCGACGUGUAACCGGAUCGGUCACCAUCACGGAUCCAGUCACACGGACUUUAUUCAAGUACCCUACGAGAGCACACUAGGGUCCCCCUCGCGGAUUUUCCAUCCGUGGACUAACGAGACAAAUCCCCCGUCCGCGCUUUCCAGCAAUUCCUCAUUCGGACUAUCCUCGAAAUCCCACCUGCAGGGUUCCUACACCUCUCACCAUGAGCUCCCGUUGACCCCUCCGGCCGACCCCACGUAUCCGUACGAUUUCUCUCCCGUCAAGAUGUUGCCGUGCUCCAUGCAGUCGUUACAGUCGUCGUGCCCACCCACGUACGUCCCCGCUGUUACAUACGCAGCCCCGACCCCGAUCCCACCCGCGAUGUCCGGGUUCGUGACGGGACACUCGGGCCUGGUCCAUCAGCAGCAGAGGCAGCUGUCUCCAAACCCGGGGGACGAUAUACCGUGGUGGAGCCUUCAGCAAGGCAACCACGUGAGCCACCCGUCAACUCUCGGUCACCAUCGCUUCCCCAUCCAACGGGGUUUGGUGCUGGGACACACGGAUUUUGCGCAGUACCAGACGCAAAUAGCAGCGCUUCUCCACACCAAAUCACCAUUGGCAACUGCCCGGCGAUGCCGGAGAUGCCGAUGCCCUAACUGUCAAUCGUCGAGCUCCAGCGACGAGCCCGGGAAAAAGAAACAGCACAUCUGUCACAUUCCCGGAUGCGGGAAAGUGUACGGCAAGACCUCGCACCUGAAGGCGCACCUGCGCUGGCACUCGGGCGAGAGACCUUUCGUGUGUAACUGGCUCUUCUGUGGGAAAAGUUUCACGAGAUCUGACGAGUUACAGAGGCAUCUGAGGACUCACACCGGAGAAAAACGCUUCGUGUGUCCGGACUGCUGUAAAAGGUUUAUGAGGAGCGAUCAUUUGGCCAAACAUGUCAAGACGCACCAGAAUAAGAAGAGCAAAAGUCACGAAAAGACUCCCGACUAUGUGAAAAGAGAAGACUUGAGACCUGUGUAGUUGACUCGGAUUGCUAUAGACUAGUGCAAUAAACGAUCCUGACAAACUUCAGGAUAGUUAUGAAGUAAAAUGUUUAUUUUUUGAUUCACGAGACUCACUUACUGGACUGGGAGCCUUUUUGGACUUGUAAAUAUAAUUUUCAAGUCGUUCUCACUUCCUAAUGGAACCCUGGAAGAUGUUUUAUAUCCACGAGCUACCCAAAACAUUAACAAGUUUUGACUUGUGUUAAGAUCUCUGUCUUCGGUGGAAGAUUUCUUUAUCCUGUAAAUAUAUUGAUAGCUUUUGUUGAAUGAAAGUGUCAGUUUUCGCUCCUUGUGGGGUGUCUAGCAUGCUAUUAAAAACCAUCUGUUAAACCUACAAAGUAAUGUGUGAAAAUAAAGAAUAUGACUUGUACGUCCCAUUUCAACAAA